AUGCCCUCUCAGAUUCCACAAUGGCGAGAGCCAAUCGCUAUUGUGAGCAUGGCAUGUCGUCUCCCAGGUGGAAUCGACAAGCCGCUGGACCUAUGGGACCAUGUCCGAGCAGGUCGCUCAUCUGCUACGGCGAUACCCAAAGAUCGGUUCAAUGCUGAGAACUUUCUCUCCAUGGAUCCUAACCAGAAGGGUGCCCAGGCCUUUAGAGGCGCUCAUUUCGUCAAGAGGGACAUUAAGCAGUUUGAUCACAAGUUCUUUGGUAUCAGCAAAGACACUGCAACAGCUAUGGAUCCCCAACAGAAGCAGCUGCUCGAGGUUGUCUACGAGUGCCUCGAGUCUGCCAACAUCUCUAUGGAAACAAUCUCAAAGUCAAAGAUUGGCUGCUACUGUGCCAUGUUUGUGAGUGAUUACCACGACAUGCUCAUGCAAGACCCUGAAUAUCUUCCAACGUUCAUCGCUAUCGGAACGACACGAACUAUGCUUGCGAACCGCAUCAGCCAUGCACUCGAUCUUGGUGGCCCAAGUGUCACCAUCGAUACUGCCUGUUCGGGUGCCCUGGUGGCCCUUCAUCUUGCCUGCCAAGCACUGCAGGCUGGGGAGUGUGAUGGCGCUGUGAUUGGUGCAUCUAAUCUGUUCCUGAGUCCUGAUUAUGCACUGUCUUUGACGCGUCUCGGGGCUAUUGCUGCGGAUGGUCAAUGUAAGACAUUUGAUGCUAGCGCUAAUGGGUAUGGACGCGGUGAAGGAACCAAUGCAGUCUACGUCAAGAGGCUCAGCGAUGCUAUCAGAGAUGGUGACAGCAUUCGGGCGGUUAUCAGGGGUACUUCAUCUAACAGUUCUGGUGCCACUCCAGCCAUUACGGAGCCAUCUGGCCGAGCUCAGGCAGACACUAUCCUGCAAGCCUACGCCCAAGCAGGAAUCAAUGAUUUUAGCGAGACAGGAUACUUUGAGUGUCAUGGAACAGGUACUCCCGUUGGCGACUGCAUCGAGUUGGGCGCCGUUGGCUCAGUCUUUUCCGAAAGCCACAAAACCCAAGAUGCACUCUGGGUCGGUUCUACAAAACCCAACGUCGGGCAUUCAGAGGCUGCCAGUGGUUUGAGCAGUCUCAUCAAGGUGGUCUUGGCCCUGGAAAAGGGCGAGAUCCCUCCCAACACAAAUUACAAGACACCCAACCCCAAGAUCGACUUUGAUGGGUGGAGAGUUCGUGUUCCAACAGCUCCCCAGCCAUGGCCGUCCAAGUCCAUCCGCCGGGCUAGCGUCAACUCUCUUGGUAUCGGUGGAUCGACUGCCCAUGCUGUUGUUGAGUUCUACGAACCGCCUCAGCUGACCAAUGGUUCAACCAAUGGUGUAAACGGAGUCAAUGGCACCAACGGCAUCAAUGGAACCAAUGGUGUCAACGGUAUCAAUGGCGUUAACGGCCAUCAUGAAGACGAGGAGAAGACCAACGACCCGUAUUUCCUCCUCUUCACAUCCGGCGCUUCAAAGAGCUCUCGAGAAACAAACGAGCAGAACCUUUUAGAGUUCCUCAAGUCUCACGAGGAGUGUAAGAGUCUAACUAGCCCUCUUGUCAAAGCGCUCAACGCUCGAAGCCAGAUCAACAUCCGGCCAUGGAAGUCAUUCGCUGUUGCUCAAUCUGUUGAUGGUCUUGUUCAGCAGCUGGAAACCAACGCACUCAAGGUUGGAGCAGGCCCGACAAGUGGCGGGUCACCGCGUGUCUUGUUCGCAUUCACUGGCCAAGGAGCUAUGUGGUCGCAGAUGGGUAAACGUCUCCUUGAUGCGUUUCCUGUAGCGCGCAAUAGUUUUAACAAUCUCGAGGAGGUUGUAAGGGAACUUCAGUCAUCCAAGACACCGACUUGGUCAUUAAUAGACAAGCUUACCACUGAGCUCUCUCAAGAAGAGAUUGACUCACCAGCUCUCGCGCAUCCCCUCUCCAUGGCGGUCCAGAUCGCGUUGACAGAUGUUCUCUCGAGCUGGGGCGUUCUUCCCGACGGCGUUGUUGGCCACUCAGGUGGAGAAACAGCCGCUGCCUACGCCUGCGGUGCUCUCACAGCCAAAGAGGCCAUCACUGUGGCUUACUACAGAGGCAUUGCCUGCCAGAACGCUCCGUCGGGUGCCAUGUUGGCCACAAGGAGCGCACCCAACGCUAAGGAGCUGCAAGAUGCAUUGGAGCGAAAUGAUGUACAGAUCGCUUGCUUCAACGGGCCUCAGAACCUUACGCUCGCUGGAUCUGCUGAGGGAGUCAAGAACGUGGCUGCUGAGCUCAGCACUCAUGGCAUUGUCUCUAGAGCUGUCGCAGUGACUCGAGCUUAUCACACUCGCGCCAUGAAGACUGUUGUGGAUGAGUACGUUGGUCAGCUCAAGGGUGUCAUUCAGCCCAAGACCGGGCGAGUACCUAUGUACUCAUCUGUUACUGGUCUUGAGCUCAAGGGUACCGAGGUUGACGCUGACUAUUGGGGAGCUAACCUCGUCUCCCCGGUUCUUUACACCGAUGCAGUCACCCUGGCUUUGACCUCAUCAAACCUGAAGUUCGAUCUUUGCAUUGAACUCGGACCUCACUCUCUGCUCUCUCGCCCAACAUCUGAGAUUGUCAAAUCCCUUCCUGACUCUCCUCAACUUCCCUUCUUUGCCACGAUGCUCCGAAACGCAGACUCAAGCCAACAGCUGAUGAACCUCGCUGGAGACUUGGUUCUCAAUGGAAAGCAGCUGGACUUGGAUCAAGUUAACAAGAUCGUGGGCAAGGUUGGACGUCUUCCCAAUCACAUUCAAGACAACCUUCCGGCUUAUGCCUGGGACUAUUCCUCGACGCCAUGGACCGAGCCGCGAAACAGUCAGGAAUGGCGGUUUAGGAAAUCGCCGCGACAUGAGAUUCUGGGAUCUCGCUGUAGAGGAGUGAACCCUUCGGCUCCGACGUGGAGGAAUAAAGUGUCGAUUGAAGAUGCGCCUUGGCUUGUUGAUCAUCAGGUCAACGGUAUUGUAACAUUCUCUUUUACUACCGGCAUUGCGAUGGUGAUCGAGGCCAUGAUGCAGGUACAGGAGGAGAAUAAGGAGAUUGACUGGGCGAACCAUUCGUUCGAGCUUCAAGACUUUGUCUUUUCCAACUCCAUCAUUCUCCCUGACGAGUCGCACAUCGAUCUCUUCCUCACACUCAUCCCAGACAACGACAAUGCCAAGUCAGAGGAGACGUGGUAUAACUUUACCAUCUCUUCGCUGAGGGGCGAUGUCGAUAUUCGUCAUUGUCACGGUAGAGCUGCAGUCCUUGAAACGAGCAAAGAUAAUGUCGCUCUCCGGCGCAGAACCUCGUGGCACCACAUGCCCCUCAAGGUCCCACUGAAGAGCUACUACAAGACUCUUGAGCGCGUUGGCUAUGGCUACGGUCCCAAGUUCCAGCUUCUCACUGAAGUUCGCGUCCGCCCUAGUCUCUCAGCUUGCUCUGCCAAGAUCGACAUGACAUCGACUGCUCAAUCUCCUGUUCCAGGCCAGCGAUAUCUUCUGCACCCAGCUAUGAUGGACGCUGCGCUCCAAACACCUGCCUUGGCCAAUCGCUCUGGAUUCUUCCAAGAGAUUGAUACCUUACUUCUUCCUUCCAAAAUGAAGAGGAUCUCCAUCCGCAUGCCUGCUAAGAACACGGACGUCGCGUCUUGUACUACCAACACAUCGCCUGUUGGUUUUAGCAGGAUCCAAGGUGGUGUCGAGUGUUACGAUUCUUUAUCGAGACCUUUCUUUGUGGUGGAAGGCCUACAAAUGGACAGGGCGACAAGUGAUGACAACACUACUCUUCCCUGGUUGAGGCUCACCUGGAAGCCUGACAUUGGCGACAUCUCGAGUAGUGACCCCAUGCUCAGCUCCAUCAAGAUCCAGAGCCUUCCUGCAGAGAAGAAGCUCGUCAACCUUGAGAACCUCGUCAAAGAGCUAAUCCCACUCAUCGUUGAGAACGGCAUCGAAAAGGGCAAGGACUUGGCUCCUCAUCUACUCAGCUACCAUUCGUGGUUCCUCGACCAAGCUGAACUUCACAAAGACCGUCUAGCAGCCCGCCACAAGCAACAGAACGGUUUCGCAACAGUCCAAGACGCCAUCAUGAACAUCGUCGCCAACUCCGGCAUCUCCCAAACUGUCGAUGCAUCCAUCGUAUCCCAACUCGCCAUCAACAUGUCUAGAAUCUUCCGAGGCGACGUCGAAGCCCUCGCAGUCUGGCUUGAGAACGAUCUUCUCUACCGCUUCUACGAGGAGAGUAUCUUCACCACCAGCAUGAACCAGAAACUUCUCUCUGUCGCUGAGCUUUUGGCGCACAAGAAUCCCAACAUGAAGAUCCUGGAGAUUGGUGCUGGAACUGGCGGUGCGACUACAGAGUUGCUGCGUGGGUUCUCUAAGGCGGGAGGGAAGAAUGCGUAUCAGUCUUUUACGUUUACUGAUAUCUCGGCUGGCUUCUUUGAUAAAGCGAAGAAGAAGUUUGCGCAGUGGGAUAGAAUUGAGUUUAAGACUCUGGAUGUUGAGAAGGAUAUUGCUGAGCAAGGGUUUACUGAGAAGUACGAUCUUGUUGUUGCAGCCAACGUUCUCCACGCUACUGCCGAUCUGCCGUUCGCGAUGAAGAAUAUCCGAUCUCUAUUGCGCGACGAUGGAUACCUCUUGGUCGGUGAGCUUUCGGAGGAUCUGACUUCAGCAAACUUUCUUUGGGGACCUUUAACUGGCUGGUGGCUCCGCCCAAGAUCACCCGGCCGCUCUGGCCCCGGGCUCACUCUCGACGAAUGGCGCAACGAACUCGCCGCCGACUUUGACAGCGUCUCUGAGAUCGAGGCCAAGCAUGACAAGACCGACACUGAGCAACUCUCAAGCACCAUCGUUAUGAUGGCUAGAGCCAAGCCCGUUGAUUAUACUCCACCCAAGUCGCUUUCUGAGGAGAAGGUGCACAUCGCUGGAGUCGACAGCGAUCUGUCCACUCGAGACCACCUUCAGAAAUAUCUCGGUACGCGUGGUAUUUCUGCAAGCUCUAGUACCCUUGAAGACCUUGCAUCGCGCGAAUGGGCUGGAGAAUGGCUGAUCCUCGUUGAUGAGACUGAAGGAAGUUUUCUCGCCUCUCUUCAGCCAGAGCAACUGACCGCACUCAAGACAUGGUUUACCAAGCCUAUCAAGUGCAUCUGGGUCACUCGAAAGGUGUACCUCGAUCCCCAGAACACGACAGGAGGUCUAGUGACAGGUUUCGCACGAACUCUCCGCGGUGAAAAUAGCCAAUGCCAGCUGUACACUCUCGACUUAAGCAGCGAUGGCGAUAUCACAGCCAACGUCAUCUACCACGUCUUGGAGCGGGCGCAUUACUCGCAUGAUGACCCGAUCUCUAGAUUGGACUACGAGAUCGCUGAGAAAGACGGUCAGCUCUGGACGUGCAGGCUUGUCAAUGAUACUCCUCUUGAGAAUGCUUAUGGUCCUGCUCGUAAGAUGGAUGCUUCUUCGAUGCAGCUGAUGAAGGCUCCUCAUCGUUUGGUCAUGGGAGAGGUUGGUAUCUUGGAGAGUCUGACCAUGGCGCAAGAUGACGCGUGUACCGCCAUUCCGGAUGGGCAUGUUCUUGUCGAUGUCAAAGCUGUGGGACUUGACGACCGGGAUGGAUUCAUCGCCCAAGGGUCUCUUCCAGCGACAUCAUUCGGUCGCGAAUGUUCCGGUGUCGUUACAAGAUGUGGCGCGAAUGUCUCAUCAUUCAGCCCUGGAGAUCGCGUUGCAGUCAUCGGCCAAGGCACUUUCGCAACGCAGUACUUGGCACCUUCAGACUGUUGUAGUAAGAUACCAGACUGGCUUUCAUUCGAGGACGCGGCUGCGAUUCCUACAAACUUCGUCACUGCCUUGUACGCUCUAACAACACCAGCACGAGUAUCAACAGGACAGAAAAUACUCAUCGUCAACGCAUCCUCCACCCAAGGCAUCGCCCUCAUCAAGACCGCAACAGCCCUCAAGCUCGACGUCUACGCAGCCAUCAGCGACGCAACCACCAAGCCCAUCCUCACCAGACUCGGCCUUCAUUCCGCCAAGAUCUUCGUGAACCCCACCAACACCAGCCGCUCCAGCGUCUCUCGUUCUACGACCUUCCAAGCAUACAAGCUCGUGUUGAACACCAAGUCCGGUCAAUAUGCAGACUUUGCUCACCUGGUUGCGAAUCGUGGAACAUAUAUUGAGCUUACAUCGGGUGAGAGUUCUGGCGAUGCGGAACAUGUUGUGCCGAAUAAAAAUGUCAUGUUUGCUUCUAUCGAUUUGGCGGACGCUUAUCAAGAGAGCAAGCAGGAUCUUGGAGAGUUGCUGGGCCAAGUCAUCGACAUCAUUGAGAAGCGAGAGGUCGAUGUUGACUCUUCGGUCUCGGUGAAUGGACUUGACUCUCUUCAGUCGUCCUUUGCGGCACUGAUAGAAGGUAAUUCGAGCAAACAGGUUGUAUCGCUGGCCAAUGUCGACGACCAAAAAUUGAUCAAGACACGACCCAAGACAUCUCGCUUCAACCCCGACAAGACGUACAUCAUCACAGGUGGUCUUGGUGGUCUCGGCCGCGCCAUUUCCGUGUGGAUGGCUAGCUAUGGCGCUCGACACAUCAUUCUGGCCACCAGCUCUAUUACUCGUGCCUCAGAGUCUGGUGAUCUUCUACAACAGCUAUCAUCAUAUGGAUGCAAUGCCAGAGUUGAAGUCUGCGAUGUCGGUGACUCCGAAGCCGUUGAGCGUCUCGUUGCUUCCAUCGAUACACCUGUCGGUGGAGUCAUUCACUCUGCAUUGAAGCUCAGCGACUGCUUCUUUGAGGAUAUCACUCUCGAGGACUUUGAUGCCGUUUUUGGACCCAAGGUCAAUGGCUCAUUGAACCUCCACAACAGCCUUCUCAACCAAGACCUCGACUUCUUUGUCAUGCUCAGUUCAGGCUGUGGUAUCCUCGGUAACGAGGGCCAGUCGAACUACGCCGCAAGUAGUACUUUCCUGGACACCUUUGCCCGAUACCGUCAAAGUCUUGGACUUCCCGCCUCGUCUGUUGAUCUCGGGUUCGUUGAGGACGUCGGCAACAUCAGCGAGCGUCCUGAGAUCCAAGCUUCCCUCUUAUCUCGCGGUCUCAGACCUAUCACCGUCAGAGAUGUUCUCCGUGUCGUCGAGGGUGCCAUCGCAACAGGGUCACCCAAGAACCUCAUCACAGACUCUACUUAUGACAGCUUCGUCCAGAGCCAGAUUGUUCUCAGCUUCGGCAUGAUCGACAAAGCCACAGCCGAGUACCAAUCCUGGGCUCAAGAUGCAAAGUUCGGGCUCUUGCGAUCUCGUGCCGCUGACAACGCUGCUCUUGACUCUGAUGCUGAUAGCGGAGAGAGCGCUGUCCAAACAGCUGUCAAGGCCUUCCGAAACACUCUCGGUCGAUUGGGCGAUGCGCCUGAAGGUAAAGAGGCAGCUUUGCAGCCGUUUGUUUGCACUGCUCUUGUUGCCAAGCUGGCGCAAGUACUGUCUAUCAAGGUUGGCGAUAUCCAGCCUUCGAGAUCGGCUAUUCAGUAUGGAAUGGACUCGCUUAUUGCGAUUGAGGUUCGAUCUUGGGCGCGAUAUGCGUUCCAAAUUGAUCUGCCUAUUAAUGAUUUGACGAACCCGUAUAGUAUUCAGGAUUUGUCGGCUAGGGUUUCUAGAAUGAUUGCCGGAUGA